AUGGCGGAGCCGGAGAUCCCUUCCGAAUUUCCUUAUCGUGAGAGGAAACAGCAGGAUAAAAUGUAUGCUUUCGAAGAAAUUGUGACAGUAAAUGCAUCGUUUGCUGCUGGGACGUGGUAUUAUUUCACCUUUAAAGCCCGUGAUGCUACUGUUGAUGUUGAUGUUGAUGAUGCUGAUGCAAUUAAGACUUUUCAAGCAUUGGUGUGGCAUGGAAUCAAUGAAAUCAUUGAUGUGGAUUUUUGUAGGCUUAAGAAAUUUUUAACUAAUGAAGAUAAAAAGAAAAUGAGAGAGGAAAGGAAGAAGAAACUUCAACAGCGUCGUGAAGCAGUUGCAAAGGUUAAGCAAGAUAACCCUUCUCUUGUGAAGUCCUUUGUACCUAGAUUGGUCAUAGAGGAGUUGUCUAAGGGAAAACCAGGUGGGAGAAAAGCUUACCCGGGAUUUAAGAUUGGUAUACGUUAUACUUGCAAGCUGCAGGAGAAUGACAAAAUAUUCGAUACAAAUAUUGGGAAAGAAGACCCUCUUGAAUUUCGUAUAGCUUCUGGUCAACUUAUAAAGGGAUGGGAAAUUGGUGUAAAUGGCAUGCGCGUUGGGGACAAAAGAAGAAUUACAAUCCCACCAGAAUUAGGGUAUGGGGCUAAAGGUGAUGGUGGCAUCGUACCACCUGAUUCAUGGCUGGUAAUUGAAGUUGAGUUGAUAUAUGUUGAUCGUCCUACUUCCACAUGACGAACAUUAUUCUUCCAUUAUGUAGAAUCCUAUAAUUGUUGUUGUGAUCUUCUCUUUAAGCGGAUUGUUGCACGAACAAUUUCAGUUGAAAGACCAAAAACAUUUGGAUGAUCAUGUUUUUCCUUAGGCUAUUUUGGUUUUAU